AUGGCUCACGAAAUUUCUGAUGAUGCAACAUCUUUGCUCAAGACAUCAUCGAUAUUAGAUCAGGAACUGGAGUUCAAAUAUGCGGUGGAGGUUCAAGGGUGUGAUAUUGAUACGAUCAUUCACGUGAAUGGUAGGACAAUUGGGGCAUAUGAGGUGAAGAAGCUAAAUAGGACACCCUUAAUGCUUGCUGCAAUGUUUGGUAGUAUAAAAGUUGCAACAUAUAUUCUCGUGUAUCAUAAGGUUGAUAUAAACAGGUCUGUUGAUACAGAUGGACUAACUGUCCUAGACUGCGCUUAUUGUUAUGAGCCUUCCAUGGAGAUUAUUAACCUACUAGUAUCAUAUGGUGCUGAGGCAAAUUUUAAUUGGGAUCCAUUGAAUAGGGUGGUAAUUGAGGAUGAAGAUAUUAGAAAACGAUAUGAUGAUGCAUCUUCUACCGAUGGUUGGGUUAAUCAGACGAAUGAUUUCAUGAUAAACGAGUACAGAACCAAUGCAUGUCGUAAAAUGUACAUACAUCAGUCCUGGCCCUGUGAGUGCCCUGACUAUCACCCGAAUGAUCAUCAGACCAAAAGAAGGGACUUACGUAAGCAUUAUUACAUGGCCGUCAGUUGUCUGGACUUUCAAAUGGGGUACAACAACUUCCCUCUAGGGUCUGAAUGUAGAAAAGCACAUGGAAAUUUUGAGGCUGAUCAUUAUAAUCAAGCUAAUGCUUCCAGGGUUCAUUCUAAUCGAGCUAAUAUUUUAGCCAAUGACACGGCUCAGGCUUCAGGGGCUCACUCUUCAUCAACUUCAGUGCCUCCCUUUGACGAUGGAAGGAACCCUUGUGGCGUAUUGAACCCGAGUAUACAAGGAGGACAAAACAACCAGAGGAGUUCAAAGCAACAUUAA